AACUACUUAAACACUAUUGGAGUACCGGAAAGUCGAGAGUGGAGUCUCCACUAUUCGCACUUUCUGGCUGGAUAAUUGAUUAGACGAAAUGGUUUCAUUAGAGCAGCUCCCAAUUUGGGCAUCAAAGCCUUGUAUAAUGGGUAUUGAUGAAGCUGGUCGUGGUCCUGUUUUAGGGCCAAUGGUCUAUGGAUGCUUGUACUGUGCACGCUCAUACCAGAAGACUCUUUCCACUUUACAAUUUGCAGACUCGAAGACUUUGAAAGAAGAGAAGAGGGAAGAAUUAUUCGAGGAAUUAAAGACAAAUGAAUCCAUUGGAUGGGCUGUUGACGUGAUAGAUCCUAGAGAUCUCUCAGCCAAGAUGUUAAAGAAAAACAAAGUAAAUCUUAAUGAAAUAUCACAUAAUUCUGCCAUUGGCCUCGUAAGGAAGACACUGGACCUAGGUGUUCUUUUAACGGAGGUUUAUGUGGAUACUGUUGGUGAUCCUGAAAAGUAUAGAGUGAAACUCUCUGAAAUAUUUCCAGCAAUCAAGUUUGUUGUUGCGAAAAAAGCUGACAGUCUUUACCCUGUCGUAAGUGGAGCUAGUAUUGUUGCAAAGGUUACUAGGGACCGAGCCUUGCGGGAUUGGGUGCUUGAUGAAACUGCUGAGAACAUGCAAAGAAACUUUGGAUCUGGAUAUCCUGGAGAUCCUGAGACAAAAGCAUGGCUGGAUAAUCAUAAACACACAGUUUUUGGGUUCCCCACCUUGGUCCGUUUCAGCUGGGGAACAUGCAAUGCAUACUCGAAGGAUAGUGUUGAAGUAGUAUGGGAAUCUGAUGCUAAUGACGAAGAUGAGUCCAAAGGAAGAGCAAGCAAGCGGCAAAUGAAGCUAACUAAUGUUGGUUUCACAGGUGUAAAGAGGAAAAGUGAAGAUAUUGAGUCAAGUGGGAAAGGCCGUUGCAAAUUCUUCCAAGCUCGUAAACUUGAGCUCCUCUCGCAGUUCUGAAGGACACAAUUCACAUUUACUGAUAGGAUGUGAACUGUUGCUUCAAGCCGAAUUCAUCUGAUAUUAAAUAGAACAGUGAAAUUGGUUCCUUAGACAUCCUUCCAGGAUGGUGAUUAGAUUAGUUAGUUAUAAAAUGUUUACCAGAUUUGUAACGCGAUUAAUGUGAUAACAUCUUUUAAGGAUCAUCCAUACGUGUUCCUCUUUGGUUACCAUAGUUUUUGUGCUCGUCGUGUCUUCAGCUUGCAGCAACUAGAAUAUCUUCUGAUUUCUGGGGACCACUAGCAUCUCAAAGGACUAUGAACGUCUCGAUAUUCAUGUAGUCACUUAAAUUAUCUGUUAUUUCAUGUGUUCCAGUUUGGUGUC